AGCUGAGCUAAAUCGUUGCUUCGAUUUUUUGCUAUUUGCUAACUGUCAAUCGGCGAUGUCUUCAAGUUCAGCUGUGUUUCACAGGAAUUCUAUAAAAACAAAUAAAUGUUAAAUUAAAUAACAAAUAUGUAAAUAUCGGAUAUGCAUUUAUAAGAUAAACGCUACAUGAGUUCGUAGAUAAGGCUAAACAAUAACUUUAAGAUGGCAUUAUUUAGAAAGCAAGACUUCUCACCUCCAAUUUUAUCAAAGAAAUGGAUAGCAAUUAAGUUUAGACCAAAUAUGCUCAUAUACAGUCAUGACAAUAUAAUAACAAUACUAGAAAGUGGUUUGCUGUUCCGUGAGGAUAGUAUUGAAGUGGAGCAAGAAGCCCCCUGUCCAGAAGUAGCCUGGGGCCAUGCGGGGGGAACGGCAGGUGGUUGGCUUACGAAAGGGGAGCGAAAUGGUGCCUUGAUAGCUAUUGCUGCAUGUGUAUUGCUGGCACCACCAAGAAAUUUCAACAAAAUGACUCUCGCGAGAUUGGCGUCCCUGGCGCUGAUUCCGGUCGCGAUUCGUGCGACGCAUCGGUCGCAUUGUCGCGGCGCCUUGCGACUAUUGGUCGCGGUGAUGCGCGACUAUAUGUCGCUGGUGCGUCGCGCGACUGCCUGUUGCCGGGAGUAUGCCGCAUUACAUGCACAGUUGGGUUCUGUCGUCUCAGCAAUAGAAUCAACCCAUGCGAUGCUCUACCAGCAACAAAAAGAGCUUCUGUUGCUAAUGUCACGGGCAUCGUCCGCGUUGCUAGGCAACGUGCCAUGGUUGCGCGGCGAUGUCGCCGUGGAGUGCGAUACAGAUAAUUUAAUGAAACUUCACCACGCCUUUCUAGUCGUGCAAUCCACUCUACUAAAAUAUAUUGCGCUGGCGCAUCAUAUCCCUUCACAAGCACUAUUACUAUACAAAAAUCACAAUGAAAGAAUAUACUGGAUUCACAAUGUGCUUAUAGAAAAUCUUACGAGAGAAUUCAAAGACAAUUUUGAAUCCCUAGAGCGAAUGUAUCGUCUGUUAAAAAACUACGGUACAAAAGACAAUGUGUUAAAAAAGCCAGGUUCAGCGAUCAAAGAAACUUGGUUCUAUUCAGAUAUACAUACAGGUGUGGCAAGAACUAGCUUAGAACUAAAAUUAGCUCUUAAUAAAUGUAAUGACCUAGAUAUGUUCUUAGACUCGUGCGCAUCAAACCAACAAGAUCUAGAUUUAGAUGCUUUAAACAAAGAUAUCGACAGUAUUAUAGAUGAUGUAACAAAGUGUUUGAAAACAGUUCAAAGUUCACAGAUUCGAUUAAAAAAGCUACAAAAUAAAUUCCAAGAAGAUCAUACGGUGGAAGAGGACGAAGAACACGUAGAAGAGGCCAUAUUGAAAAUAGAAGACAAAGAACCAGAGAUAAGAGAUGAAGUAUUCUACUUUGUCAGAACAGAUGACGAUGACGCGCUACCGUCGGUCGCUGAUGUUGUUACUGGUCCAGGAAAAAAAGAGAAAGAAACCACGAAAUUAGUUCUAAAUGAAUUAAGAAGAAAACUAGUCGGAAGAGAAGAUUUAAUGAGAGAAAGAGAAAGACAGGCUCUAGCUAAAACAAUGCCACAGCUUCAAAAUAUACCAGAAUUUCCUAGACAGAUUGAUAUAUUACAAUUCGUUGAUCGUAAAGGUUUUUUAUCAAAAAUAAAGCGAGUGGAACGAAAGAAAUUAAAAUUAAAAAGAACAAAAACUAAAAAGAGCAAACAAAAAUAUAGAUUAAAGAUCUCCCGAUAUAUAAAUGAAAGUGAAAUACUGAAUGUCUAUGAAGCAAAUGCGAAACUGAAUAUCAAAAGCAGAUUGUUAACAAUUUUUAAAGAUGAAAAAGGUUUUAUAGUAACGAAAUGGGUUAAAAAAGAAAUCAAAGAUAACAAUUCUAGCGUUCUUUCUGAUUUAAGUGACGUAGAAUCGGAAACAGGAAAUGCAAAUGUCACCCUAGCUAAUUACAAAGUCAACAAACAAGAUUUAAACAUAUCGUCGUCUGACAGCGAUUUUGAUUUAGACAAUAAUGAACUACUGAAUGACAUAAGAAGAUAUAGAGCUGUCAGAAAAAAGAACUUUCCCGCGAAAAGGGCGUCCAUAGAUAUGGACGAGAGUAUGAAACCCAUAGAGUAUAGAUUCGGAACGGGAAUGGCAAUGGCGUCCGUUUUACAGAAAAAUAACGCCAGAGUUAUGAUGGCGGAAGAAGUUUUUGUUGGUAAUGGCGAAGUUUCAGAAGAUAGUGGCCAUGAUGACGAUGCGUGAUAAAAUGUAACAACUGCUUUGGAUUUCUAUGAUUGAUUAUUUUUUAUCAGAUUAAUGACCGGAAAUUUCUAUUUCAGAUGAUUCGUAUAAAAAUUCAAUUUUUUAAAUUAAAAUUUAAUUAAUAUUGUAAUUAUUUUAUGGCUUUUUAAAUCGUACUAGUCAUUAUAAUUAGUUUAUAUGUCAGGGCAAGGCGCAGAACAAAAUAGGCGAAAUAUGUCAAUGAAUAAAUUAUGUAAUAAUUAAAUAAAAACGUGAUUAAAAUGUAGAAAAUGGUCUAUUCUCUAUGAUUAAGCUAUUUUUAGGUAUACCGAAAUUUGUCAUAAAGGUCUCUUAUACCUAGAAAAUUGCAAUCAUCCACAAGACGUAAAUUUACUGUCUCCAUAUUAAAUUUACUGUCUUUUAUAAUUCAUAGAGAAAAAGACUCUAUUUCUUUGUGAAUUAUAUUUAACCAUUUUUGAUAAGCGACAGUUAAUUAUUAUCAUUGUAUUCACUUACUCCGCUGGCUUUGCUAACCAAAAAGUGUCUUGGCCUCCGUUGUUUUAAUCAUGAUUAUAAUUUUAAUGAAGAUUUAAUUGUAAUGUUUAAAUAAUAAAUAUUAAAUUAUA